CUAAAGGAAGACAUUAUCAACUGUGUCAGUACUGCAAUAACCAUGGCUGCCUUUGACAGAGAUCCACUGCGCUUGGUCCUCCUGGGCAAGACAGGGGUUGGCAAAAGUGCCACAGGAAACACCAUUUUCAGUGAGAGAGUAUUCAAAUCUGAAGCAAGAGCCACAUCUGUUACAAAGGAAUGCACAUCUGAAACAAGAAUUAUCAACAAACAACGUAUAACAAUCACUGACACACCUGGUUUAUACGACACAACAAUGUCUGCUGAGUUCAUUGAAAAUGAGACUGCGAGAGGUGUAAAACUGGUAGCUCCUGGUCCUCAUGCAUUUCUUCUUCUGCUUGAUGUGAGGCGUCACACUGAAGAGGAGAGAAACACUGUCAAGAAAUUUAAAAAAAUCUUUGGUGAUGAUGUGUGCAAAUAUAUGAUUGUGGUCUUCACUCAUGGAGAUGAUCUUGAGUUUGAAAAUAAACCCAUAGAACGCUACAUCCGUGAGGCUGGGCCUCACCUUCAGAGCCUAAUAGCUGCUUGCAAACAGAGAUACUAUGUGUUUAACAACAGGUCGCAGGACCGUACCCAAGUACUUCAAUUCCUGCAAAAGAUUCACGAGAUGCAGAGGGAAAACAAUUAUAGUUAUUAUAGCUAUGAAAUGUUUUCAAAAGCACAGGCUCUCAAAGAAGCACAAGCAAGUGAAAAAGAGUGGCAACGAAGAUAUUCAGAAUUGAAGGAACAAGCACAGGGGGAAACCAAAUGUAGUUAUGAUUCCUCUGAAAUGUCUGUAACUGCACAGGCUCUCAAAGAAUCACAAGAAAAAGAAAAAGAGUGGGAACGAAGAUAUUUAGAAUUGAAGCAACAAUUGCAAAAAGAGCCAGAAAUAAAAAAGUUGUGCAUUAUACUCUAGUGGAGAAUGUAUGAUAAUAAUCUCCUUUAGAAAGACAAAAGUGGAGAAUAUAAAAGAAAUGGAUUUUAAAGCAUGUACUGUACUUAAGAAAAAUCUAUUUAAAAAAUACUGGAAAACAUAGAGAAAGACUGUAAA